CCAUUCUCGAUACUGUUCCAAUGGUGGAACUCACAAUACAACAUUAUGGAUGCAUUAUAAGUAUCCAUCUGAAAUGGGCUUCCUGUGGCAUAGCCGCCGUUUUCGCAACCGAAGCGCAGCGGUGUUACCCAUUAGUCCAACGUAGACGAAAUAAAAAUGGAGGCGAAACUAAACGCUCUAAAAGACUUCGCUUCAUUCGGCUCGUCCAAGAAGGCGUCAAACACUGAUUACAAGCCGGUAGAUCAAACUCCGAACUCGCAAUCGUCGAAUGGACAGUGGGGUGCUUGGCUAAGUAAAGGCGAGGAAGACCCGUACCUGCCGAGCUUGUCAAGAAAACAAAGAAUUCUUGGAUUUUUCAUGUGUCUGCUGAUGGGUGUAUUUUGUUUUGUAAUGGCUGGUUUUAUUGCCCCAUUUAUCGUUCUCAAAGCAAGGAAGUUUGUUAUGCUGUACACAAUGGGUAGUCUCUUUACAAUUGGCAGUUUUUCGCUGCUGUGGGGACCUGUCAAUCACGUUAAACACCUCUGCUCCUUGGGAAGAUUGCCAUUCACAGCCGCAUACUUUGGCUCAAUGAUUGCUACACUUUAUAUGGCCUUAAUUGUAAGAAGCACGAUUUUAACAGCAUUGUUUGCAGUUGUUCAGAUAAUAGCAUUGAUAUGGUAUUUUGUGUGACUCUGGGCUGACAAUGCAGAUUUCUAACUGUAGGGCUUGUUCUGUUCUCCCCUGUUAGGUACUUUGUGAGCUAUAUUCCUGGAGGUACCACUGGCAUGAAGUUUUUCACAAGACUGUUUUCAUCUGCUGUGACAAAGACUGUGUCAAGCACACUACCUGUUUAGCUAGUUCCACAGUUUGAAAAAUUAUUUAUUAGAGAUUGUAAAUAUUGUAAAAUAGAGAAUUGAAAAUAUAUCACAGACUCUGCAGUCAUAAA